UGCACUGGAGAUUUUAAUUUAUGUGUUGCCUCUAAUUUACCUAAUGUUCCACCUCUGUAAGUUGGUUUCUCGAAAGAGAAACCAAUGUUGCUAUAUGCUCGCCUAUGAAUGUUACAAAGCUGCCGAUGAGACCAAGCUAGGCACUGGAACGAGCGCAAAAGUUGUGUUCAGAAACAAGAAUUUGGGCUUGGAAGAAUUCAGAUUUCUCUUACAAACCAUGGUCAAAUCAGGCCUCGGAGAGGACACUUAUGGCCCUAAAAAUGUCAUUGAGGGAAGAGAAGAAUCUCCUUCUUUAAUCGAUGCCAUUUCAGAGAUGGACGAUAUGAUCUUUAACACUCUUGACCGCCUCUUCGCCAAGACUGGAGUUUCUCCAUCUGAUAUUGACAUACUUGUAGUCAAUGUCUCACUCCUCCCGGCCGUUCCCUCUCUCUCAGCCCGUGCAGUGAAUCGUUACAAGAUGCGGGAUGAUCUCAAGGUGUUUAAUUUAUCAGGCAUGGGCUGUAGUGCAAGUAUUGUGGCGGUCGAUCUUGUUCAUCAAUUAUUCAAGUCAUAUAAGAAUUCACUCGCAAUUGUUGUUAGCUCAGAAUCUCUUGCCCCAAAUUGGUAUUGCGGCAAGGAAAAAUCCAUGAUGCUCGCCAACUGUCUGUUCCGCUCAGGUGGGUGCUCCAUGCUUUUGACAAACAAUAGAGCGUUAAGGCACAAAGCCAUCUUGAAGUUAAACCAUUCAGUGAGGAUUCAUAUUGGCGCAAACGAUGAAGCAUACGCUUGCUGCUCUCAAAAAGAAGACGAACUCGGCUACAGAGGUUUCCUUCUCAAAAGAAGCAUACCAAAAGCUGCUGUUCAAGCUUUUACCAUGAACCUCCAGGUUCUAGUACCUAAAAUUCUCCCCCUGAGAGAGCUACUUCGACAUGUAAUUCUCACUCGGGGUGGAUUAACAACCAAAGGCGUUACUAAUGGAUUUAGUUUGAAUCUGAAAACGGGAAUUGAUCACUUCUGUUUACACCCUGGAGGAAGAGCUGUUAUUGACGGAUUUGGAAAGAGUUUAGGGAUCAAUGAAUAUGAUUUGGAGCCGUCAAGAAUGGCGCUUCACCGAUUCGGAAACACAUCGGCCGGUGGGUUAUGGUAUGUUUUGGGGUACAUGGAGGCUAAAAAGAGGUUGAAGAAAGGUGAUAAAAUCCUGAUGGUGAGCGUUGGCUCUGGUUUCAAAUGCAACAACUGUGUGUAGGAAGUCAUGAAGAACUUGGAAGAUACGAACGUGUGGGAAGAUUGCAUCGACCGCUAUCCUCCGAAAUCGCUCGUCAACCCUUUCACGGAGAAGUACAGUUGGGUCAACAACGAGUAUAUGAGCUUCAUUAGGUUUCAUAAUUAGAUGCCAUAUAUGGAAAACUGGUGGGUUUUAGUUUUGUUUCAGGUUUGUGUUAGAACGUAUGAUUUCAUGUACGCUCUGAAUUUGCAUUUGGUGCUACAAUAAAGUUAAUUUUCUGAUGUAUCUUCGUGGAAAUUAACAUUUAAAAAGCGUAAAGCUGAAAAAUAAAAGAUGUUUAUCAUCAAUAAAUUGUAUACCCACCAUCAAGUUUGUGUAAAA